AUGGAUGAGCUUCUAUUAUCUCUAAUUAACUUUCAAGUAAAUGAAGAGUUAAAAACCAGUAGUAAUAUUUGUGAUAGAUUAUUAUAUAAAGUUUGGAAUAAUUUAUUAUUAAGAAAUGAAAUUCAUAAACAUAUUUUAAAGUUUAUUCAACAUAAAUUUAUAAAGCUUGAUAUAUCACGUUAUAAACAGUUUAAAAAUAAAUCAUAUAUAACAUCAGUUGAGUGGCAUGGUGAUCUACUGCCAGAUAAAAAUGAAUUUCCACCAUUUUUGACAGAUUUAUAUUUGCCCUCUUUUAAUAUGUUACCAGUGUUUUUACCAAAUAGUCUUAAAUCACUCAGAUUAGGUUAUAAUUUUAACCAAGAAGUUCUACCCGGCACAUUACCGAAUAAUCUCACAACACUCACAUUCGGUUAUUACUUUAACCAAGUAGUUCUACCCGGUGCAUUACCAAAUAAUCUCACAACACUCUCAUUCGGUUAUGAUUUUAACCAAGUAAUUCUACCUGGCACAUUGCCAAAUAGUCUCACUACACUCGCAUUUGGUUAUAAAUUUAACCAAGUAGUUACACCAGGUUCAUUACCAAAUAGUCUCAGAACACUCACAUUCAGUUAUGAUUUUAACCAAACAGUUCUACCCGACUCAUUACCAAAUAGUCUCACAACACUCACAUUCGGUUUUUAUUUCAACCAAAUAAUUAAACCCGGCACAUUACCAAAUAGUCUCACAAUACUAACCCUCAGUUAUGAAUUUAACCAAAUAAUUAAACCCGGCAUAUUACCAAAUAGUCUCACAACACUCAAGUUCGGUCAUUGUUUUAACCAAGUAGUUAAACCCUGCGCAUGGCCAAAUAGUCUCACAACACUCACAUUCGGUGAUGGUUUUAACCAAGUAAUUAAACCCGGCUCAUUGCCAAAUAGUAUCACAACACUCACAUUUGGUAAUAAGGUUAACCAAGUAUUUAAUCCCGGCACAUUACCAAAUGGUCUCACAACACUCACAUUCGGUAAAAAUUUUAACCAAGUAUUUAAACCCGGUUCAUUACCAGAUAGUCUCACAACACUCACAUACGGUGAUAGUUUUAACCGAGUAAUUAAACCCGGUUCAUUGCCAAAUAGUCUCACAACACUCAAGUUCGGUCAUAGUUUUAACCAAGUAGUUACAUCCGGCUCAUUACCAAAUAGUCUCACAACACUCACAUUCGGUGAUGGUUUUAGACAAGUAGUUCUACCCGGCACAUUACCAAAUAGUCUCACAGCACUCACAUUUGGUCAUCAUUUUCGCCAAGACGCACCCGACUCAUUACCAAAUAGUCUUACAACACUCACAUACGGUUUAACAAUUAGAACAAUUAAACUAAAAUAA